CCUCUCAAACGUUUUUUCCUCUCUCUUUCAACGCCAAAUAAUCUGCAAGAAACGCGGUGGAGCAUAGGAAAGUUCCCCCACAACCAGACUUCAAAUAACACCAACAGUUGCUUGCACGAUCUCUCAAGCAGACAAAAACAAUCCAAAUUACACAAACAACAAGACCAAGAAUAUAAAAAAGAAGAAACAAUUCAUUUUCUUUUUCCUUAGCUUUCUGGUUAAGCACAACACUUGCAACAAAAGGUUGAAGAUUUUUUGAAAUUUGCUCUAGUUAUUAUUUUUUCUUGAUUCACUGUAUCGUUGGAAUAGAUUGCGUUGAUGGCCAAGGAGAGUGGCAAUUUACUGGUAACUCCAGAAGGGACCAAAUCUGAUGGAGGUACUUCAGGGAGAAAAUCUGUUGGAAAUGCAAGUUCUUCCGAAAGUGGAGAGAAGGUUCUUCCUCAUUAUCUCAGAGCCUCUACUGGUUCUUGUCACGACUUUUGCAAGUAUGGCAAGAAGCAUGCAUUUGAAGCUAAGGGAAGACCUUGCAUAGCAAAAAGUAAUAGGAAACCAUCAAUUGACAACCAAAGUCCAACGGCAAGCAUGAUAUUGCCAGAGAGGAAAAAGACAUUGGUGGCAAGACCCAAAUCGUCUCCCAUUCCAAAAACCUAUUCAUCUGACAUACCUGAGAUCAUCAAGCAUGAAGUAUCUCCAAAAUCAUUGAAUGUCCGAAAUGUGCUUAAUACGUCAGUGGAUAGCUGUAAUCCAGUUAAGGGUGAAGUUCUGUCUGGGAUAAAGAGGACAUCAGCAUCCAAGCUCAGACCUUCACCCACUUCUAAAUCCCGUCUGUCUGAAUCCCCAAAAUUCAAUAGGCAGGAACUGUCCGCUUUGGCAAAGACAGAGGAGUCUUCGAUACCAAUUAAAUCUAAAUCUAAAGAAAAAAAUGCAGCUUCAAAGCAUGCCUCUUCUUUGAAGGCGAAAUCUCUGGUGCAGAAGCCAUUAUCAUCUCCCGAUAUUUCAGGAGGUUUAAGUGGCAGAAGAAACAGUGACAUCAAGACAGGCCCCCCUAAAGUAGCUGUCAAGAAAAUGAUAGCUUCCCCUAGACUUUCACUGGCAUCCCCAAGGGCAUCAUUGUCUCCUAAGCCUUCUAUCAGUAGAGUUGCAAAGAAAGUAAUGGCUUCCCCAAGAGUUUCGCAGGCAUCUCCAAGGACAUAGUUUGUUCUAAGCCUUCUAUCAGUAGAGGUG